AUGAGGAAUAUUAUUGAUUUCCUACUUAAAAUGAAAAUACUCCUCUUUGCAGUAUUUAUUCAAAAAUUAUAAUCAUAAAAUUGUCCAGUUGAAUAUUUUGGAUAAAUUUAAGGAUAUUCUUGUUUAACAAGUAUCUAAUCGCAUCUUUUCCUAAAAUCUAAUCCUAGUCUAUCUAGCGAAGAUAUAAUUUACACAUCAAACUAUAAUGUUUUAACAUAGAUUAAUUUAAUGACUUCAAAGACAAUACAAACAAUAAGCACUAAUAAUAACGCAAAUAUUAUUUACAUGACAAACCAAGACUCUCUUGACAGAAGUGUCCUAAUUAUAGCAGAUACAAGCGGAUGUAUUAUUGAAAUUGAUGUAGAAUUAAAUGCUGAAAUAUAAAGAUAUUAACUAAACCCUAAUAUAUACACGUUUGAUUCGACAAUAAAUAUUGAUUAUGAAUCCUAAACAAUCAUUACUUACAAAGGCACAACCGUGUUCUUUAUUAACUAUAAUACACAAUCAGUGUUUUAGCCUAACAUAGUUGGAAAUAAGUAUGUCAAUUCAAUUCUAAUAUAAGGUGUGAGUAGCAUCCUUCUAAAUAUGAGUUCUAAGGCAUAUAUUUGCGAUUUAAUAAAAAACACUUGUAAGAGUUUGUCUUUACCUAAUAUAAGUGCUAUUUAUUUUUUUAAUUAGAAUGGAAACUUUUUUGCAGUUUAUGCUACAGGUUCUUAAGGUAAUUCAAUCACUCUAUUUACAAUUAAUAAAACUCAAAUGACUACAUCUCGUACUUCCUACAUGACUAUACCUAUAAGCAUAAACAACAUGGUUUUAGAUGUGUCAAAUCCAUAAGUAUAGUAUGCUAUAACGAUUGGUUAAUUUGACUGUAGAGUUUUUAACUUUAACACAAAGCAAAUGCAAGUUUAAAUAAAUUUAAUGUCUAAUUAAAUAGAUGUUAAGGAUACAACUAAUCCUAUGACAUUAGCAAGCGCUUAAGCUGCUUUGCUUCAAACCUAAUUUAACAAUAUUUACUUAAGUGGGAGUAAUUUGGUAAUUACAUCUAAUAAUUUUGUCAUUUUAAUUAACUACCUUACACCUCAAUAGCCUACAGUUACAUCUAUAAAAUACAUCAAUUUAAUUAACAAUUUAUACCAAAACGUUUACAUCCUUCCUGCCAGCAGUAACAAUAAUAUUGUACUUGUUGGUGAUAAAACAUUAGUUUAUCUCUACAAUCCAUCACUAUAAAUUUAUAUUUUGAAUUCCUGUAUAUCUACUUAUUCUCUAGACAGCUAAAUCUAAAGUUAAUUAAUUCAAGACGAUGCCCAAAAUUCUUUAUUAAGCUUAAAUAGUCAAGGAAUUUCAUAUUAAUGGAAUAAAUUAAAUGGAAAAGUAAUUUAUCAAAUUGCAACCUUGCCACCUGGAUCUCUCUUUAAAUUAAGCAUUGCCCUAAGCAAAAUAGUCUAUUACAACUUCUAAGGGUUCUCUAUUUAUGAUAAUGUAACUAAGUAACUAUUAGUGAGCAAUAUAAUUAAUACUGUGUAAGAUGUUUAGUUUGAUGAAACUAAUUUCUUCAUUUAUCUGGCAGCUGGAAACAAUCUAAUUUUAUAUCCUGUAAACAGCUCAACGUUAAUUUUAGGCAAUUCUGUUUAGUAGACAGGAACAUCUUAAAUUAAUUAAAUGUUUGUUAAUCCUCCAAAUAGCUAAAUUUUGGUUGUUAGAUCUUCUUAAGCUAUUCUCUACAAUGUAACUGCAACUAAGAUAGCAGUUAAUACUACUAUAGUUGAUAAUUUCAUUUAGCAGUUAUAUGAUAUUAAUCUCAAUAUACUAAUAGCAUACACAUAGACAGCAUCUAAUUUCUACAUAAAAACUUAUGCAUUCCCAAGUUCAACAAUGGUUUAAUUUGUAAAUGAUCCCACUUUGACUUACUCAAUGCUAAGGAAUAACCCAAGUACUUAAAUAAUAACAAUGUAUAUCAAAAGUAAAAAUUAAAUAAUUGGUUGGAGUUAUAAUUAAGCUACUCCUAGUAAUGCUUAGUUAUUCAUGAUUAAGGGACUAAUUAACUAAAUACAGUUUUAUUUUAUUGAUACUGUUGGUGCUAAUAACUUUUUAGUAUUAAUAACAGUUAAUGGAUUAGUUUUGGUUUAUAAUGCUGACACUUAGGAUAUUAAGUAUCAGUACACAGUUCAUAACUAAUUAGCACCAUUAAAUUAUUAUCCUGAUUAAAUUAACAAGUUUGUGAUCACAUAUGCAUAAGAUAAUAGAUUAGUUAAGUAUGAUUAUGCUAAUGGAAGGCUUGUUAAGCAAUGGAUGCUAUCCUCCGUACCAAUAGGUUUUACAGCUGAUUAUAAAAAUUCUAUGAUUUUUGUUGGAUAAAAGAAUCAAAUUUACAGUCUUUCAUAUUAAGGUCAGGAUAUGCUGUAACAAAUAGUGGGUUUUUAGAGUAGUACAGUACCAGGAAUACUUAAUUAAUAAAUUGGUUAAUUUGUUUCUACAAAUAAUAAUCUUGUGAGAGUGUAUAGUAUUUACACAUUUUAAUAAGUUGCAUAGCUUGCAUAAGUUCAUACUCAACCUAUUCUGUAUAUGUCUUUUGCAAGCAGCUUAAAUUUAAUCAUACUAUGCUCCUAAGAUUAAACUUGUAGUGUUUGGAGUUCCAUAAACUUUUAAAUUGUAUAAACUCUGUAAUUAAACUAAAGCACUCCUGUAUAAUUUACUUGCAAUGUUCCAACUGGUUUAGUUUUUUAAUAAAAUAAUAUUUACAUAAUGUGUUAAACAGGGAUAGUUAUUUAGUGGGUAAUUAAUGCUAAUACUAAUUUAUUUUAAUUUUAAGCAUUCUUUACUUUCUCUACAAAUCCAAUUUAAUCUACUCAGUCCUAUCAAGAGCAAGGCCUCCUAAUAUCACUUGACACUAAUUCACAAGGAAGCGUUCAAUAUAUUAAUAGCUAAACAAUUGCUUUCACAGUCUAAGGAGAUAAGUCAUUGAUAGACAAAACAAAUUAAUUAUUCAUUACAUUCGGUAAAAAAGGAAUAGUCUUAUAAUACAAUUUAUAAGGUAGCUUAGUAUUUAACUAUACAGUUCAUAAUGGAAAUAUAAAUCAAGUUUUUAUCGAUGCUCCAGGAUAGCAAUUAAUAUCUAUUGGUGAUGACAACAACCUAAAUUUGUACAGCAAUUAUGCCAAAGCAUCUUUUUCAAUACUGCAAUCUUAUACUCAUACAGCCCCGCUUAAAACAGGUAUUUUUGAUAGCUAGGCUAACUUGAUAGUAGUUGGAGAUAGCUUAGGUUCAAUUUUAUUCUUUAAUUAUCCGUUACUUGGGUUGAAACAGAUAAUAUACUAAGCACAUUAGUCUUAAAUAAUAAAUCUAAUUCUAAAUAGAAUUACAAAUACACUUAUUUCUUUUGGAAGUGAUAAUAAUGUCAGCUUAUGGAAUUAUUAUGCAUACUUUAAAACUGAUUUUAGGAUAAUGAUUUUCUAAGAAGGAUCUAUAUAAGAUGGAUUUUUAUCAAAUUAGUAAGCAAUUACUAUACAAUAAAAUGGAAUGCUCAAGAUGUGGGAUUUUAAUCUUUAGUAUCAAAUGUACAUGCAAAAGCUGCAAUAAGGAUAAUAAGAUUAUAAUUUUAAAUUAACAAAUUUACCUUAAUUAGGUAAAAUUUUAGUGAAUUCUAUAGCCUAGGUUUAUUUGCUGAGUAAUAAAACUUACUAAAUUAUUAACUAAGUUUAAAAUACUUGUAAUAGUAUAAAGACAACUACAAACACAAAUAAUUUAUUCAUGAUAUUUUGUAUAAAUAAAAACUAAAUUAAUGUCUUCGGAGAGAAUCUGUAACUUACAAGCAGUUAGCCUACGCACAGCAUCACUUCAAUUUUCAUUUUUACAGGAAGUUAGAUCAAUGAAGUUCUGAAUGAGUUUGCUGCAUAUACUUCUAAUUCUUAAAUUGUUAUUUGGAAAUUUACAAGCCUGGGUGUAUUUUCUUCUUCUCCUCUAAUUAUAAACAUAACUCCCACUUCACAGAUAUAUGCUAUGUUUUACAUAUAAAUUAGUAGCACAUAAUACAACAUUCUAGCUUGUACGUACAUCGGAAAUAUUUUAGUGUUUAGUUAUGAUACAGUUAACACUCCUUAGUUUUAAUUAGAAUUAGAUCAAGCUAAUAAUCAAAGAUAAAUAGUUUUGAUUCAAUAAGUUGGAAAUCAGGUCUUUUUUAAAAGAUUUGGGUUGCCUUUUGUUUAGGUGUAUUCGACUACUAAUUGGAGUAAUACAGGAUUUUUAGUAACUCCAUGUAUAGGUUACUAAAAUAGAUUAGAUUAUGACAUUGCAUCUGAUUUAAUAUGCUUGACUUGCUUUGGAUAAUACAACGUUUAUACGUUUAGCUCUUUGACUUUAAUUGGCAAUUUAAGAAUAAUAUCUGAAUUCUCUUUGUAUGGAGAUUAAAGCACUUCUAAUAAUGAUGAUUUGCGUAUAGUUAAUGGUUAAUAUAUAAUACAUGCUCGUUUGUUGUACAUCUUUAUUUUUCAAGUCAAUCGGAGCCAAAAUACAAUCACAUAUUUAGGAAAAAUACAAUAAGUGUAUUAAUUCUCAAAGGUUCUUUCUUUUACAGUAAAUUAGCAGCCAACUUAUACUGAGGUUGAAUAUGUGUUUGUAGGCACUAAGGUUAGCAAAUUGCAAUUUUUACUUUAGGGGAGUACAGCUUGCAAAUAAUCUACAAAUAUUUAAAAUUUGAAGCAAACAUUUGUAAGCUUAGUAGACAUAACAAAUCGCCUUAGUACAUUCUUUGUUAUGACAAACUUUUAGUUUUACGUUUCACUCAACAAUAACUAAGCUCUGCCAUAACUACCUUAGUUUCCUUUUGCUUCUUAAUCUAGCUUAUACAUCAAUUAUAAUAACAGCUAAGUCAUAUAAACCAGCAGCUUUCACAAAUUUUAUUCUUCGGUUAAUGGGUUUAUAUCGGUAAAUUUAAUGAAUUUGAAUCUCACUUUCGAGAAAUAAAUUGGUCAAACAGGAGUUUAAUAAUUGCCAUUUUUCAACAUCACAUCUGUCUCAAUUAUUAACUGCUCAUUUUAGAAUUUGAGUGGAGUGAUCUUUUCGUUUUAGUAAGUUAGCAAUAUCGAGCUUAGUAAUAUUUUAAUCUAUAAUUAAACAAUUCAAAGCGUUGUUAAUCCUACAUCAAGCAGUAUCAGCUAAUACUUUUUUUCAAUUACGAAUGCAACUAGUAUCAAAAUAUCAAACUUAAAUAUAACUAACUCUUAAUUUAUUUCAUCUGCUCUUCUGAGUAUUAACAACUUUGGUUAUAUUCAAAACCAAGCUAGCUAAAUAGCAAAUCAGGGAUUAGUUACAGUUAAUGGUUUAUAUUUGCAAAACAAUACAAUCUAAUUCAGUAAUUUAGCAUCAUUUAUUGAUAUGCUUUUUAUGAGUUAGGUAGUGAUAAAAGAUCUAAUCUUCAUUGGAAAUAAUAACACAGCAUCAUCUAUUCCUUUUAUGAUUCCUUUAUUGCUAAAUUUAUAGCUCUGCAAUCUAAAAUAGCUUCAAAACAUUCAAUUUAUUUCGAAUAAAGAUUUCUUAUUGCUAGGAGAUAAUAAUUAUUUUAAUAAUAAAAUGGUAGGAACGAACACAACAUAGUAUUAUGCCUCGUAAAUCGAUGACUAUUUAUAAGUUAAUAUUAUAAAUAUUACAUAAAAUAUAUUUACAGAUCUUUCUUCAAAUAGCAAUUAAUAUUCAAAUCUUAUUUAGUCUUUUUCAGAUAAUAUAAGCUUAAUAGGAAUGAUUGCAAUAAAAAACACCUGCACUCUUCCAUGCUUUGUUAACUCUAUUCUUGAUAUUGAGAGCUCUAAAAAUUCCUCACUAUCAGGACUUCAAUCAUUUAAGAACAUAGGAUUUAAACAAGCAGUUAUAGUUAUUAAUAAUAGUACAAUGUAAGGCUCUUAGUGGUCUUCCAAUUAAAAUAAUUGCUCAUAAAGUGGUUCUUUCUUACUUUAAAAUUCUAAUGGAACCAUUACUGUAGGAUAAUUUACAGGAAAUAAGUGCUCAGCUGAUAAUUGUGGUGCAGCAAUAUUUUUAAAUAAGUAUUCAAACUUAAUUUUAAACUAAGUAAAUUUUAUUGAGAAUCAUUCCUUGCAAUAUGGAGGAGCAAUAUCAUAAAUAGUCUCAUGCUCGCUAUAAAUUAUACAAGCAGUAUUUGACAGCAAUAAUUCGAUUUAAGAAGGAGGAGCUAUCUUCUCUUACUAAAGUGCUUUAAAUAUAUCAAAAGCUAAUUUCACAAAUAACAAGAGUGGAUUAAAUGGAGGUGCUAUUUAUUUAGAGAUGGGGUCACUAAUCUUGUAGCAAUGCUACUUUAUAAAGAACUCUGCAUAGAAUUCUGGAGGAGGAGCGUACAUUCUAAACACUAAUUCUGCUUAAUUAACUAUUAUAAAUGCAAAUUAAAAUUCUGCUCAAUCGUCAGGAGGUUGUUUAUUUGUGUAAAGAAGUCAUUUAAAUCUGGAUGAUUCAGAUAUUGAAAACAAUGUUAGCAUGGAAGGAGGUGCUCUCUAAGUUAAUAGUCUACUUUAAGGAUCAAAAAUCAGUUCUACUAAAUUUAUAAAAAACAAAGUUAAUGGGAGUGGAGGAGCUAUAAGAAUGGAUAAUAGUGAUUGUUAGGUAUAGAAUUGUAUUUUUCAAGGAAAUAUUGCUGGAGCAGGUGGAGCAAUCAGAUAUACUACUUUGAAACCUUAAUUUAUGCUUCCUUUAAAUGGGAAUUCCAAAUUAGAUUCAUGCAAUUCUUUUGGCUAGAAUACCUGUCAAAAUAAUUAAGCUAUUUGUUUUGGAGCAAACAUUUGUAGCUAUCCCAACUCUAUCAAACUUCUACCUGGAUAAAGCAAAUUGUAAGUCGUAUAAGCUAAUUAAUCUAACUCUUACUACCAGAUUUAAAACAUAUAAAGCGGAGUUGAUUCAGUAAAUAUUUAAUACCAACUGCUUGAUGAAUUUGGAGAUCCAAUUAAGUUCUAAGAUAUUAAUAUACCUACUUUGUCACAAAACUCUCUGAGAAAUUUAAAGGAUUUCGAAUUAUAAAAUAGGAUGACUGAGCUUCUUGACUCUUAAAAAAUAAGUUAAAGUUUAUUCUUGGAAUUAGACUCAUAUAAAAGCUUCAUUUAAACCGAUUAACCAUCAAACAUAGAAUAAAAAAAUUUAUUAAUUCUAAGAGAUUAUAUUACAAGAUAUUAAGAUAGUUAGUUCGUUAUUGAAGGAAUAGAUAUUAUUGGAUCACCAUUAAAAACAGCUACUUUUAAGCUGAUUUUUUAAGGAAUAAACACAUUUCAUAACGAUAAAACUUUAUAAUCCAUGAAAGAAGUAGAUAUAUAAAUUUCCUUUAGAGGAUGCAAGUAAGGUGAAGCUUAUACUAAAUAUUGUGAUACAUGUAAAUUAGGUUAUUGUCAACCUUGCUAAUCAGGUAGUUACAUAUUAGAUCCUCCUUCCUCAACUACACCUCAAAACUGUACAGUUUGUAAUAAACCAUUUGCUGCAUCAUGCUCUAAGUCUACUAUUCAUUUACUUCCUGGAUAUUGGAGAGAGAAUAAUAUGACUGACGUAGUUGCUGAAUGUAAUUAGAAGUUUGGUCUUUGUAUUGGCAACGAUAGAUAUGGAUAUUGCAAAUAAGGAUACACAGGUCCAAUUUGUGAAACAUGUGAUCAAUUUGCAGAAAUUUGGGGUAAAUCUUAUGGAAAUUAUGACAUUCUUGAAAUGAAACUUUGCAUGACAUGUGAUAAUUUAAAGUAAUAUAUACCUGGGUCUGUGAUUUAUGGUAUUAUAAUUUGUUGCUUGAUUGUUGUUUUAAUGAACGAUGCGAAUUCUAAAAUGAUUAAUAGCAUCUAAUCAAAACUUUUAAGUAGAUCUAAUAUCCUGCAUUUAGGAAUUACUUCUUUUACAGGAAAGACGCUAAUUAUUUUUAAAAUAUGCAUAUUCUACAUGCAAAUUCUCACAGCUUUAGUGAAAUUUGACAUUAUCUUUGAAAAUUCUUUGAAAAUUGCUAAGUUUAUCCCAAUUUACUUAUUUUCUCCUAUUAUCAGUAUGGAGUUUUGGUUUGACUGUGUUUUAUCUAAUAUAGAUAUUGGAGUAAGUAUUUAGUACAUGAGAUUAAUAUGGAGCUUAAUUUUAUAUUUGAUGAUCUUUACAUUCAGUAUGAUCAUAUACAUUGUGUUUGCAGCAAUAAUCUAUAAGAACUACAAGUAUGAGCAAAAGAUAUACGUGACAAUAAAAUACUUCUCAAUAAACUUUUUUAUUUUUGCAUGGAUUUACUUUUUUUACAUAAUGCAACAUAGUUUAUUGUAAAAUUUUAUGAAAAUACUUUCUUGCAAAUAAAUUGCAAAUACAGAAUAUAUUGUAGGAUAGCUAAACAAAGUUUGCAAUGAUUUUGAGCACAGUAUGUGGUAAAUAUUGUUUAUAAUUCCUGUUUUUACUAUUGUUGGAUAUGUAAUACCUUUCUGUUUAUUCUACCACAUACACUUAAAUAAAUUCAACCUAUACAAACCGACUAAAAUAUUCUUUAUAAGAAAAUAUGGAUUUUUAUACUUUGAAUAUAAGCCUAAAUACUGGUAUUGGGAGCUCUUAAAAUUACAAUUAAGAACCUUAAUAGUAAUUUUCUUAAAUGCAUAUGAAGAAGAUAUAAAAAAGAAAGGAUGCUUCAUUCUAGUAAUAUUAAUUAUAUAUUCUCUUUUAGCAUAAAAGAAUCAACCCUACUAAUUGCCUCAAAUGAAUAGUUUAGAUAAAAGAUCGAGUAUUAUAUCAGCUUUUCUGGUAUGGCUUGCCCUAGUAUCUAACAAUAACAGUGAUGAGGGUUAAACUAACUUCUUCUUAACAAUUAUGGCUAUUGCAAUUAUUUUAUUUAUAAUUAAUUUUAUCCUCUAAAUUCUCAAAGAUUUUUACAAUAGAAACGAGUAUUUCAUUGCAAAAAGUAGACCAGUUUAGUUUUUUGUUUAUUAUGCAGGAUAUUUCCUUCCUUAAAAUAUAUUCUAUGCAAGAAAUAAACUUCUAAUAAAAUUAUUUCCAUAACUAUACAGAAUCAUUCAUUGCUAGCACUUGAUUGGCUUCGACCAUAUAUAAAGAUGGAGAUUUUUAAGAACAUAUAUUAUGGAUUUUGGACGAAGAAGAAGGAGAGAUUAAUAUGCAUAGUUUUAUGUUUAUUUAAAUAAAUCAACAUAGGCUUCUAGUAAUAAUUAAUCAAGUUAGAAUUUAAGCUCUAAAUAAAAAUUGAUAUAAGAUGAUUAAAAAAUUAAUGAUAUAACUAAGAUGAAGAGCAUUUAAAAGAAAGACUAAAUAAGAAAUUCAAAGAAAUCGUAAAAGGGUGAAGACCCAAAUUUAAAUAGAAAAAAUUCAAGUAAAUUCUAAAUUGAAUCUAAAAAGAGCAUUAAAAAUGAUGAAUAAGGCUAAAUAAUAGAAAUUUCAAGUAAUUCCCCCAAAUAACAAUAGUUAAUUCUUAAAAAAGCUACAUCUAUUGGUGAAGAAAUAAAAGAAAAGUAAGAUAACCUAACAAAAGUAGGUAUUAUUGAAAAAACUUAAGAUUUUGAAUAAAUUGAUGAUGACGAUAGAGAUGAUAUCAUAAAAAAGAUUUAUCCUAUUAAAAGACCAAUAAUGUGCUUGUCAAAUGCUUAUUCAGGAAUGAAAAUUGAUAACUAUAAAGAUGCAUAGAUAAAAGAUUUAUGCGAAAACCCCUUUUACUAUCAUGAUUACUCAGUCAAAUACAAAUUCGAUAAAGAAUAAAAUAAAUAAAUUACUGCAUAAGGAGAAGAAGAAAUAAAAGAUCUUCGAUACAAAAUUUGUUUAAACAACCAAGGCAAUAAAUAAGAAAACGCAUUUUAGCAAAAUCAAGACAAUGCAUAGAUUUAUAGAUUAUAAGUUGAAAACCAACAAAUCCAAGGAUAACAAAAUGUAUAGGAGACUCCAUAGGAGUAUGAAGUGUCUAUGCAGGACUUAUCAGAUAUUAUGAGUGAAGACUAUAACACAAGAUAAAUCUAAGAAUUUUAAAAGAAACCUAUUAAAGAGAGUGAGCUUAUCAAUUUUUCAUAAGACAGAAAUCUAGAAAUGAUUUAUUCUCCUAAUUCAAAUUCUAUCGACUAUGGUUAAUCUGAUUUUAGGCUUCAAUCACCUCAUAGUUAAUAGAAUUGA